AUGGAUACAUCGCACCAGUGUCUUGUCGACGAGAUUAAAAGACAGAUACGCAUCUUGGACUCCAAUCCGAAUGAGAAUCAAAGAGCGCAACAGAAGAAGAAGUAUCUAGGCAUCAUCGAUGCUAGACAGCAAAAUGCCUAUCAACGAUAUCGUACUGAUCUUCUCGCCCUACUUUCGAAUCUAACCAGUGACUCCUUCCAGUCUAAAGCCGGGACCAAACCACCACCUCUACAUCUCAACAACCUGUCUCUGUUCUGGCAAAUACCGGCAUUUUGCGGCGAUGCCAUUGUUGUCGAUCAAAAUUACGCAAAGGACCGCAGCAAAGCGCUUCAAGACCAUCGUGCAGCCAAAGACACCUAUACUGCCGAUAUUUGGGAAAGACGCGAGCUGACGCAAUGGAUUUCUGGCCCGGAACCCUCUGUUCUAGUAGUUAAGGGCACUUCACAGUCUGCAGAGCGACUGGAGAAGUUCAGCGUUGAAUUGGUAGACUACCUUCAGGGAAGGUGUCCAACUGUUUUCCUCCUCAGCCCAUUACCGACCAUCUUUUACGAAAACUCAACCUCUAGAGGCGUCUCCAGAGGCGAUGAUAUCCUGCGCCAAAUCGCUGGGCAAUGCCUACAGACAAUACCCUCGUCUGCUAAGAGUAACCUAUUCUUUCUAGUUAAUCAGGGACUAUCUCUUCUGGCCAAGACGACAUCCCACUUCCAGACCGCUUCUCAUGAAGAUUGGUUUUUAAGUAUCGAAGCGGCUCUAUCUCACCAAGAGCAAGUGUAUAUAGUUCUGGAUAUUUCGAUUCUUCGCCAGCAUUCUAGAGAUGCAUUUUCCUGGCCCGCUGAAUUUUCGGAUAUGAUCCACAAAGUUCAGAGCCAGAGAACAGACCUGAGAGUUAUGAUCCUGACUAGUCGGAGUAUCGAUGGACACCUUGGAGCCACAACUCGCAUCAUGUCAGUUGAUAUGGCGCCUCAAUCUCCGCCGCAUGUAUACGAUUUAGCUAAGUCUGAGAAAACAAGUCUCUUGUUUUCGCAGCCAAAUAAACAACAGGUUCUCGUACCGCUACCGGCAUCAACGAAUAAUACUGAGACCACGAAGGAGACGUUUGCCCGGGAUUCCACGCCGUCGGAUCUAAUUAACAGCAAUCGAAAAGAAGAGCGCCAAAAUUUAGUAGAGGGCACGCAUAGAAGUAGCCUUGGAAGUUUUCAAGCUGCGGACUCUGGGGUGACCGAAGGAUCGACCAUAUCAUGGUUUAAGAACUUAACUUCGAAAACCCACGCUGCUAUAUAUUCUUCUAGAAGCGCAAAAGACAACUCAUUCAAGCCCGUCAAAAUUGCCGUGCUAGAUACCGGGUUCGCCUACACUGAAGAACAUGACAAGAAGUCUUUGAAACCAUAUAUGCACCGCAUCAAGAAGUUUGCCAGCUUUGUCGAAGACGAGACAGAUUUGGAAGCCAUGAAAGAUUCUUCAGGCCAUGGUACAGCGGUCGCCGUGCAGAUGCUCAAAGUUAGCCUCAGUACCGUUCUAUACAUCUGUCGCGUGGCCACGUCCAGCAAAGAUGGCAGCCCAGAGCUCUUUCCCGACAAAGAGGCUGUAGAAAGAGCGAUUAAGAAGGCUGUUGCGGAACCAGAGAAAGGUGGAUGGGGUGUUGACAUUAUCAACAUGUCCUUUGGGUGGGCGUUUGACGAUCACGAUGGUGUUAGAAACGCAAUCCGAUUCGCACGCCGUCAAGGAGUUCACAUGUUUGCUUCCACGUCAAACGAUGGUCUGCUUGGUCCCCCAAAUGACAUCUUAUAUCCCUCUCGGGCGCCAGAAGUCAUUGCGAUAGAUGCCGCUGACGGAUUCGGCGAGUAUACAAGAACAACCGCAUCAUCCGUGUCUUCAUAUGGCAGAGGCAGAAGGUUUAGUGCACCUGGUACAAGACUUACAAGCCCCCAUUCAGCGGCCCUCUACGAUGGAUCAUCUUUUGCUUGUGCCAUAGCUGCAGGUAUAGGCGCUUUGGUACUGGAAUUUGCAAGGCAGUCUCCCCUUCAAGCAAGCAAAACGGUGCAGAAUAGUUUGAAGGAAAUGUCAGCCAUGAUUGCCAUACUUGAGCGAAUGAGCGCCGAGAAAGGGCCUGAUAGAUUCAAGUUUCUCUUACCAUGGACGCUUCUCGGUAAACCUGGACAGCCGAGAGAGUUUACUGCUUACAGCCUGGUGGAUGAACUAAGAAAUGAGUUUGGACUUGCUGUUGGAUCGGAAGUUUUCCCUUUAGAAGGAGAGAGUUGA